CACCGACCCUCCGGGACCACACAGAUAGAUUGAAGACGCCUUUAUGACCGAAAGCUGAACAAGAUGCAUUGUGAGAGGUUUCUAUGCAUCCUGAGAAUAAUUGGGACCACACUGUUCGGAGUCUCUCUCCUCCUCGGACUCACAGCUGCUUAUGUUGUUGGCUACCAAUUUAUCCAUACGGAUAAUUACUAUUUCUCUUUUGGGCUGUAUGGUGCCUUUUUAGCAUCACACCUCAUUAUCCAAAGCCUGUUUGCCUUUUUGGAGCACCGGAAAAUGAAAAAAUCCCUAGAAACCCCAAUUAAGUUGAACAAGACAGUCGCUCUCUGCAUUGCUGCCUACCAAGAAGACCCUACCUACCUACGGAAAUGCUUGCAGUCUGUGAAGAGGAUCACCUACCCUGGCGUGAAAGUCAUCAUGGUCAUCGAUGGGAACUCGGAGGAUGACCUUUACAUGAUGGACAUCUUCAGUGAAGUCAUGGGCAGGGACAAAUCCGCCACUUACAUCUGGAAGAACAACUUCCACGAAAAGGGGCCGGGCGAGACGGAGGAGUCCCAUAAAGAAAGCGCCCUCUACGUAACCCAAUUGGUUCUGUCCAACAAAAGUAUUUGCAUCAUGCAAAAAUGGGGUGGGAAAAGAGAAGUCAUGUACACGGCCUUCAGAGCCCUGGGACGGAGCGUGGAUUAUGUGCAGGUUUGUGAUUCUGAUACUAUGCUGGACCCUGCCUCAUCUGUGGAGAUGGUGAAAGUGUUAGAAGAAGACCCCAUGGUUGGAGGAGUUGGGGGAGAUGUCCAGAUAUUAAACAAGUACGACUCCUGGAUUUCCUUCCUCAGCAGUGUGAGGUACUGGAUGGCUUUUAACAUAGAAAGAGCCUGUCAGUCGUAUUUUGGGUGCGUCCAGUGCAUCAGUGGACCUCUGGGCAUGUACAGAAACUCCCUGCUGAACGAAUUUGUAGAAGACUGGUACAAUCAGGAAUUCAUGGGCAGCAAAUGCAGUUUUGGCGAUGACCGGCAUCUCACGAACCGCGUGCUAAGUCUGGGCUAUGCCACAAAAUACACAGCUCGAUCCAAGUGCCUUACGGAAACCCCUAUAGAGUAUCUCAGGUGGUUAAACCAGCAGACCCGCUGGAGCAAGUCCUACUUCCGCGAGUGGCUCUACAACGCAAUGUGGUUCCACAAGCACCACUUGUGGAUGACCUACGAAGCGGUCAUCACUGGGUUCUUCCCUUUCUUUCUCAUCGCCACCGUCAUCCAGCUCUUCUACCGGGGCAAAAUUUGGAACAUCCUCCUCUUCUUGUUAACCGUCCAGCUUGUGGGUCUCAUCAAAUCCUCCUUUGCCAGCUGCCUCCGAGGAAACAUCGUCAUGGUCUUCAUGUCUCUGUACUCAGUGUUAUACAUGUCGAGUUUACUUCCCGCCAAGAUGUUUGCCAUCGCAACCAUAAACAAAGCCGGGUGGGGCACCUCGGGCAGGAAAACCAUCGUCGUCAAUUUCAUAGGUCUCAUUCCAGUAUCGGUUUGGUCCGUCAUCCUCCUGGGUGGUGUGAUUUUCACCAUUUACAAGGAAUCCAAAAAGCCAUUUUCAGAAUCCAAACAGACCAUUCUCAUUGUGGGGGCCUUGCUCUAUGCGUGCUAUUGGGUCAUGCUGUUGAUGCUGUAUGUGGUUCUCAUCAAUAAGUGUGGCAGGCGGAAGAAGGGGCAACACUUUGACAUGGUGCUUGAUGUAUGA